UACGGUGCAUACUUUGGCUACAGUAAAUGAGCAAUAACCUGCAAGAUGUUGCAGAAAUGACUACAAGCGUAGGGGUUCGAGUGUGUCUGUGCAACGAGGGCCAUUGUCUCAUAAUCUAUCCACGAUCAGAAUACACCUCUACCACAGUGUGACUGGCUUUCUCUGUCAGGGACAUGACACUGGAUCAUCUGAUUUCUUUUGUUGGUUUUAAAAUAUUAAACGAGUCAUAUACACUUACACAUUAUUAUUUAGUGCUGUUUGUGAUUAUUGUUGUUAUUCUUUUUGCAUGUAUGUGUUCUGUUUUAAUUAUAGCACUGGACACUAUGUAUUAAUGCUUGUUUUUCUUAUCUUCUGCUCUUACAACUUGAAUUGUGUCCAGUAUCAGUGCACUUUGGACACAGAACAAACAUGCAGGUGAGAAGCAGCUCUUAUUGGACCACUCUGUAUCAGUCAAUGUUACUAGAUUCAAAGACUAUGAAAUUACCAUCCAGUCCUGUAAUCAUCCAGCCCACGUAAUAUACAUACAUUACAGAUACUGUAAGCACCUGGUUCGAAUCAAUGGCUGCAAACUCUAACAGGUACAGUGUUACUCCACUUGAGGCUUUCUCUUCAGUUCUGAAGGAUAUUCUUUAAUUUGACUAUUUAUUAUUCAUUUUCUUCUUUCCCACCUCUGUUAUGCCAAUAAAGUUCAAUUAAACAUUACUGAAAGAAAUGUGUCCCAUUAUGGUAAUCAUUAGACAAAACAGUAACGAGUAAUUUAAUCACAGAGAAAACACAAUCAUUAUUUUAUUUUGAAGCAUGAUCGUUCACAAAACAUUGCAAGGUUCAAAUCCCUGUCUGUGACGCAUUCUAUAAAAUCACUCUUUGAAACGAGCUCAGAUUGUAAAUUGGUCAGUAGAUUCUCUUUCACAAAUAUCACAUCUAAUUUUAACUUGAGGUAUUUGGCGACAUCUGCUGGUUCAGCAACGCUGAACAUGGAAGCCCAACCGGAAGUGAAUUAAGUUGUCGGAAUUUGAUUUAUCCUUCAAAACAAAUCCUUUAAUAUAUUAAUGUCAGUAAAAUUUGAUUUAAUAUAUAUUAUGCUAUAUUGAUUCCUUUAUCAAAAACUAUGUGUCCACGCAUUUAUUUUUUAACACAUGUCGGCACUUUUAUCAUAAAAGCAUAAACGUCUUAUGCUUAACAGACGAAACGUUUGAUUCGCCUUGAAAAUAUUUUAAUUUGAAAGUCCAAACCGGAACAAAGCAUUGAUUCUGGCAUGCUAGCUUAACGUUGCCACUAGUUGACAGCAGUGAUGUCGGUGCUGCUUUGCUUCGCAGCAGGGGCUGUUGCCUUUUAUGUGAUAGUAUACUACGGAGUGUUCAGGGGAGCGAGAUGCUCAAGUACAAUGAAGCUGGCGGGGAAAACCGCCAUUGUUACAGGAAGCAACACGGGUAUCGGUAAGGCCACGGCUCUGGAUCUGGCCAAGAGAGGAGCCAGGGUCAUUCUAGCCUGCCGCAACAAGGAGAAAGCUGAAGCUGCUGCUUUUGACAUCCGCAGAGAGAGCGGGAACACUCAGGUGGUGUUCAUGCAGUUGGAUCUGGCAAGUUUCAAGUCUGUUCGCAGCUUUGCUGAAACCUUCCUGAAGACUGAACCCAGAUUGGACAUCCUCAUCAACAAUGCAGGUGUGUUAGGCGCUGGACGCACUGAGGAUGGUUUCGGCGUGGCGUUUGGGGUGAACCACCUGGGUCACUUCCUGCUCACCAACCUGCUCCUGGAGCGACUGCAGCAGAGCGGUUCCAGUCGUGUGGUCACCGUGGCUGCACUUCUGCACCACCUUGGCAACAUUGACUUCCCUCUGCUGGCUUCCAACAAGGAUUUAGUGUCAGGCCAGUCUACCUGGCAUAACUUUAAGGCCUACUCCAACAGCAAGCUGUGUAACGUGCUCUUUACCAGGGAGCUGGCCAACAGGCUGGAGGGCACCAGUGUCACCUGCUACAGCCUCCACCCAGGGGUCAUCUACACAGAGCUAUGUCGCAGUAUGAGCCUGUGGCAGCAGCUCCUCAUGAUGCCCUUUGCCAAGCUCUUCUUCUUGGACCCUGACGGGGGGUCUCAGACCACCUUGCACUGUGCCCUCCAGGAGGGCAUUGAGCCUCUCAGCGGACGCUACUUCUCUAACUGUGCACUGCAGCAGGUGGGAGCCAAGGGACGAGACGAUGCCCUGGCAAAGAAGCUGUGGGAAGUGAGUGAGAGGUUAACCAGUUUAUCAUAACAGACUCAAUCCAGACGCUCCAAGGACUGUAUGACCGCUCUGUGCCUCAUCAUAGACCUCAACAAUUAUUCUUACUGGUCUCUGUGUUUAAGGGCUGAUUUAUUACAUGAGGUGGAGGAGCUUUUGAAUAAUGAUAAACUAUCAUAGAAGCGUCGUUUGUGUGUGUGUGUGUGUAUGUGUGUGUGUGUGUAUAAUGUUUGCCAAUUUUCCACAAGUAGAUGUCAUUAUUGCACUUGUGGUUAAACCACAUUUCUCAUUGCAAUACAUCUAUGGAUGUUCUCCAGCUCUGAUUGUUAUCAGUUACACAUUCCAGGCGGCCACAAUGGCAUACUAAACACAAAAAUAAACACAAGUAUGAUUUAUGUGAUAAUAUACCAUGGCAGGUUAGAAACCAGUAAUAUGGAAAAGUGUCAAUCUAAGAAAGGAAAUCACUGAUCAUUAACAGAUAUGGUUGAUAUAUUGAUGAGUUUCUUCACUUGCAGAAUGAAUUACAGUGUUAAAUGUUUUUAUACUCUUAUUGCAUCAGUGCAGCUCAGGAUAACAUGUGGUGACUCUCUAAAUUAUGACUCAGUGAGAUGAUAACUUGAAAUAAAAAUAAACCCAAGGUUGCCUUUUACAAAAUAAAAUUUCUUUCUUUCACUUUUCAUUUGCACAUCAUCAUGAUUAGUAACUCAUGUAGAGGUGAAAGGUGAAACACUUAGUUCAUGUUGAUAAUGUUAUUUGAAUGAGCUUGGCAGUAAUAUUACUAACAAGUGAUCAUGAAGCUGGUUUACAUGGUAGUGAGGGGGCAUGUCAUUCUUUCAGCAUCCAAGUUCAAGAACUAUUGAAUUUUAAUAACUAUGGUGGGCAUUAUAAAUUACAUCUGAUAUAGUUUUUGAAUGUUAUCAUAAUCUAUUUGAAUGGUGAAGUACUUUAUCAUAAAACAAUGACAUGUUUCUCUGGUUUUCUGUGGUAGGAAGUGCUCUUCAUACUCUGCUGUUGUGUUUGUUGUGGGAUGUCAUGGGGGGGGGGCAGGUGUGGUUUAACCAUAUCAGUGCAGCUCAUUUUGGUACGCUCUUCAACUGUUAUCAGUCACAAAUCCCAGCUAUUCUAGUAAAUAUGCCUCUCAAAACUACUAUUUAACUGUACUAUGUAAUCAGAACACCUGCAGGAGUUUGAAUUAUAGGGGAAAUGAUCAUGACAAUUAAAUUGGGUGUUUAUACACUGUUAAUUGUUUGUGCUGAAGUUUAUGAAGAGUGUGUUCCAUCAGUUUACCACAGUGGAGAUAAAUGUGGAUCAGCUUCAUUCAGUUUGAUAUGGCUGAAGUCAAAAUAAAAUUCCAUUUUGUAUCCUGA